AUGAGUGGAACUGAUUAUUCCUACGAUGAACAGGGGCAAUUUUUCCCAAUCUUCGUCGGUACCCUUUCUGGCAUUGUUUCUAUAGCUUUGACUUGGGAUGUUUUAAGACCCAGAUCAGACCCAGGUGCCACGGCGCCCCGAAUAAAGACAGAUUACAAGCCUGAACAUGCCGACUUGAUAGAUAGUCAAAGGAGGGCACAGAGGAGAAAGCAGCGAAAAAUAAAACGUAUGAUCGCCAUGGUUGUGGGUUGGGUGAUAGUUGCUGUUAUGGCAUAUCAAUUUCAAGUCACAGCCAGAACGAUACCAAAGAUUUGGAAUCCAUAUGAUAUCUUGGACAUUAAAGAGUCCGCCACAGAAAAAGAAAUCAAAUCACAUUACAAGCGACUUUCGCUGAAAUUCCACCCUGACAAGAUUAGACCAGACCCAGCCAAGAACCAAACACUCCAGUCAUUGAACGACCAUUUCGUGGAGAUUACGAAGGCAUACAAGGCGCUUACUGAUGAGGAGAUCAGAAAUAAUUAUAUACAAUUCGGACAUCCGGACGGAAAACAGAGCUUUAGCAUUGGAAUUGCUUUGCCUACCUGGAUUGUCUCUGAAGGAAAUGGGAAAUAUGUCGUACUUGUAUAUGCAAUUCUUCUGGGAGUUUUACUUCCUUACCUUGUCGGAUCCUGGUGGUAUGGUACCCAGCGCAUGUCGAAAGAGAAGGUUUUGAUUGAAAGUGCAAACAAUCUGUUCCAAGAAUACCAAGAAGACAUCACCGAGGGCGGAAUUGUUGGCGCUUUAAGCAGUGGCGUUGAAUACAAGAAAAUUUUGAAAGGUCACAAAGCUGAUUCAGGACUUGGCAAGCUGGAAUCAAGAGUUCUCGCAGAGGGCGACGGAACUACUGCCGCCGCUGGUCUAUCAACCAAGGACAAAACAAAGCUAGAGGAAUUAGAUGGUGGUGCUCGACGAAAGGCUCUCGCAUUACUCUGGGCAUACUUGGGUCGAACUGAACUUGAAGACCCUGAACUCAAUAAAGCUAAAUACGAAGUAGCUCCUAUCGCCCAUGACCUCAACAACGCAUUUACGGCUAUCACUCUCGCUUUCGCAACCACCGGCCCUAUUCUGGCAUCGUACGCGACUGCUCAAAAUAUCGUUCAAGCUCUACCACCAAAUGCUUCACCCCUUCUUCAGUUGCCAUAUAUUACCCCGGCUAUUGCAAAGGCAAUCGAAGGCGACUCAAAGACUCACUUGACCCUUCAACAAUAUAUGGCACUACCAAACGCGUACCGAAAGAAGUUGAGUGUUGGAAAUGACUUACUCACAGAAGCCCAGUACAAAAUUGCCAUGUCUACCGCCAAGCAAUUACCUCGUUUACAGGUUGAAAAGGCAUUCUUCAAGGUCACAGGCGAGAAAUUCAUCACUCCUAGUUCAUUAGUGUCAUUUGUUGUGAAAGGACGAUUUAUCCCCCCUGGAAGCGAAAAUGUCCCUAAGGUUAACGAACUCGAUUUGGAAGACAUUGACCCAGAUGAGGAUGACCUCGAUGCCAUUCUUGGUCGCGACAAGAAGAGUGCCAAAGGCGAAAAGCCUGAAAACAAGCAGGUCUUCCCACCUCUUGCAUUCGCCCCUUACUAUACACGUGACCACUCGCCUAAAUGGCAUGUUUUCCUCACCGACAGCAAGCAAGGCAAGAUCGCUGUACCACCUUUCACAUUCUUCGCUUUCGACAAGCCCAUAUUUGACGAAAGUGGAAAGCCUACAUUCAACAUGCAAACCCUCAAGGCACAAUUCCAGGCUCCUCCACAACCUGGAAGCUAUACCUUCGUUAUGCAUCUUAUCUGCGAUUCAUAUGUUGGAUUCGAUACUAAACUUGAGGCCACUCUAGUUGUAGAGGAUGCCAGUAAGGCAUUGGAAAUAGACGCAGAUGAUGAUAUCAGUGAACCAGAUGAAGCAGGUCAAAUGCAAGCCAUGAAGACUGGUGCCCCACCAAAAAAGAAGAAGCAAGCUGUACGAGACUCCAGUGACGAGGAUAGCAACACUGAAGAAGAAGUUGAUGAACAAAGUGAAACGGACACCGAUACCGACACUGAUGGGGAAUAA